CACGACCUGUCCAAAUUCUGUUCACCUGAUCCCAUACCUUGCAGACUUGCAUCCCGAAGCAGUCUGAUAUCGACAGAAAUGCUUCUAUCCGCCUAAGACUCCGCUCUUUUCUUGGCCGCCAUGUCGGACGCCCGCCCUCGGUUGGCUUUGUCACGAUACCGUCCGAUUCUCUACCUCCUCUCCGGUGUGGCAGCAGCCUACGCAAUCGUCUACAUACGGCAACACCUCCUUCACCCCGGGGAUACUGGCGGAAAUUCUUCUCCUAGUGUCUCACGUCUACAUCGCCGCCGCGCUGUGCGCCGCCAGCGACGCAACAACAGCAGUAACAACGAACUCCCCGACGAGUCCUUCUCCGCCGCGGCGGACACUCCCUCAUCGCGGGCCAUCGCGCACCUCGAACAGCUCGAGCGCCACAAUGGUGUCUACGGAACCUUCCGCAUCGAGACCGAAGAUGGCCGCCGCGUGGAAAGCGGCCUCCUCCCAUCUCUCCUAGCGACGCGAGACCAGCUCAUGGAGCAGGUCGGGGUGCCCCAGGACCACGCGGAGCGGAUGCGGGAGAUGAUGGAAGAUACCUUCCUGGAGUCUUUCCUCGCGCUGGACUUUCCCUCCAGUCACCGUCUGGACGAAGGCAGCCCCGAGCGGGAGUAUCUGAUCGAGCAACUCCAGCGGCGGGGGAUCUCGCGCGCGGGCAUCGAGCGGGCCCUGGUUCGGUUCAACGCGGACGAUAACUACGGAGCGGAUCUGCGACGACGGCGGCAGAAUGGCGAGCGAGUCACGCUUUCAACGUCGAGCUUCCCGUACGAGACCGAGGAAGGCCAGUCGCCCAUGACCGGGGUGCACAAUGCCACGCUGGCGGACGGCGGGGAUGAGACGGUCGUGGAUGACCAGAGCGUGUUCUCGUGGCGCGACGGCGCGGAACACAACAAUGAGGCGGCGCCGAUGCGCGAUGGCCAGAACCUGCUGAACCUGCUGUAUCACAUCGCGGAGGACCAGGCGAGGAGGGAUGGGUAUAUUCACCGCGGGGUGACGUGUAAUAGCUGCGGUGCGAUGCCGAUCCAGGGCAUCCGGUAUCGAUGUGCGAACUGCAUCGAUUAUGACCUGUGUGAGACGUGUGAAGCCAUGCAAGUCCAUAUCAAGACGCACAUGUUCUACAAGGUGCGCAUCCCCGCGCCAUUCCUUGGCAGUCCACGUCAGUCGCAGCCGGUGUGGUAUCCAGGGAAGCCCACGAUGAUGCCGCGCAGCUUGCCGAGAUCGUUGUUCAAGCGGCUGAUGAAGGAAACUGGGUUCGAGAACACCGAGUUGGACGCGCUAUGGGAUCAGUUCCGGUGCCUGGCAAAUCACGAAUGGGAGGACGAUCCGAACAAGGUGUAUAUGGCAAUCGACCGGAAGACGUUUGAUCGGUGCUUCGUGCCGAACACUUCUCUUAGACCACCGCCCCCGAGUUUGAUUUAUGAUCGCAUGUUCGCGUUCUACGACACUAACAAUGACGGGCUAAUUGGUCUGGAGGAAUUCCUGAAGGGUAUCGCGAGUCUGAACAAUAAGAGCAAUGACGAACGGCUUCGCCGUGUCUUCCGGGGCUAUGAUAUUGAUGGUGAUGGCUUCGUUGAGCGGAAGGAUUUCUUGCGGAUUUUCCGAGCUUACUACGCCCUCAGCAGGGAGUUGACUAGGGAUAUGGUUGCCGGCUUGGAGGAUGAUUUUCUGGAAGGCAGCGCUCGGGAUGUCGUUCUUGGAAGCCAGCCGAUCAGUUCCGCGUUUCCUGGUAGCAUUCCUAAUGGAGAGCCCUCACGGACGGGUGAGGGGAAGCGUGUCAAUCAUGACGGAGAUCUCGAGAUUGUCGAUAAUGAAGGAGUACUUCGUCUCGAUGGGACGGAUACCGGCGACCGCUACUCGGUGAUUGGCGAUGCUGCCGUUCGAAGCUAUUAUGGCGUCACGCGGCCGGUGUUGCCGACGACGCGCCACUCUGUUCCUGGCUCUGCCCAAGCUUCUGGAAGCCAGCCGAGAAGAGAGACAAAUGUCGAAGAAGCCGGGGCUGCAGCUGAUGAUGCGUCCAGUUCGUCUGGAGCCAGCGACCGCUGGCCUCCUCCGGAGCACAUCCGCAACGAGGACAUUGUCAGUGCGCUUGGAGCUUAUGUUCCGGUCCAUGAGAUCACAGAUCCCGUUGAUCGGGCUCGCAUCGGCACGGCCGUAUAUAACAGGAUGUAUGCUACGGAUCAAGUUCGUCUCCACGUCACCCGCCGAAUGGGAGUUCAUGACCGAUGGAGACGGCGGGGAUUCUACACGGACGAAGAGGAUGGCGCCACCGCCCCUGUUGGCUAUCAAAGUGACAUGGACGCGGCUAGCUCAGAUGAAGAGGAAGAUAACGAGGGUGAUGAAUCACACGCAGCCGCAUCGGAGUCACACCCACCGUCACCUCGUUCUCGCUCCUCGUCCAAAGUGCGAUUCCAGGAUGACCUGACGGACGACUACGACGUGAGAUCGAACCCAUCGACCUCGUCGCGAAGCAUUCUUGUGAGUGAGCGAUGGGGCGGCUUCGAAGUCCCUGAAGUGGAAAGGGACGUUGGAAAGGAGAUCUUGUAUCAAGUCACCCAGCAAGGGUUCAACGAACUGCUCGAUAUCCUAUUCAAGCAGAAGGAGGAUCUACUCAUGGAGGUUUACGAGACUCGUGCCGAGCGUAAGAUAUGGGCCCGUGAGAUUGAACUUACAGAACAGAUGGAGCAUGGUAAACAGGCUGCUCAAGAACUUCCCAUCGUGCAGCCGGAAUCUGAAGCCGAUGAGGACGCCGAUGAGGAGGAGGGAGCAGAGGCAGCCAUGCAGAGCAUGCUCCGUGACAGUUCGCUCGACGACCUCCUCCAACGGGCCGGGUACGCCGUCGAGGGACUAGAAAACGUGCAGGCUUUGGCACCUCCGACGCCUGACUUGCAUAUCCCUGAUGACUCGGUGGAGUCACUCAUCGACCCUGCCGAGACAGGACCUAUUGCUGCUGCUGCGGCAUUAGCGUCACCAUUGAAUAUGCCCGUGGGAUUUGGGGACAACGAGGACUGGAUUCCGCCUCACGUAAUCUCUCCCUCCUCGCCUUCCCUCUCUGCCUCGUCUGUUGCCUCCGAAGCAGCAGCAGAAGCAGAGAGUAGGCCUUCGUCCGCCGCGGCAUCAUACUACGAUCCCACACUUCCCCACCACCGUCCCAACGAGGAAGACCUCCUCACGACCACAACCACAAGUACCUUCCACCAAACCACCAGCCGCAGCCUAUCCCCAUCACCGGCUCUCCUCUCCCGCCACCGCACCGACCUCCCCACCGAGCUGCGUCUCGACCCCACCGGCUCAACCUCCUUCCCAGCACCCACCUCGCACCUGCCCGCCUCCUCCCCCGACGCCGAGGCCACCGCCCCCAAACUCUCCCCGUCGCCCAUCCAACCCCUGCCCCCACCGUCCGCCACCCUCCCGAAACGACCCAGUCCGACCCUGCCCCCGUCGCCGGUCACGCUGUCGCGCUGGGCGUACCUGAACAAGAUCGAGCGCGAGGCCAAGGAGCGCGGCGGCAGCGGCGCGAAGCUCAACUUCGAGGAGUUCGCGCAGCGCAUGGCGAUGGAUCGCGGGCGCACCCUGGCGUUCGUGGCGAGUUGGAUUGAGAUGGCGAGUUUUUAGUGUCUGCAGCACAGUGCAGUAACCUCUACAGUUCGAGUCAAGACAGGGCAGUUGUCAGGGCGGGUCUGAUAUCUUCUAUGUGUAUAAGUACAGUACAGUAUCGUUUAUCUGUUCUAGUCUAUAGCGGUGGGUGAGAAUGGGUUGGGGAGUCAAUCAGCAUUCACGAGGAUAGGGCGAGUGACUAAGGCCGUCACUGUGUAUACAUCUUAUCUUACCCUACUGCUCCUCUGUGAUAAGCCAUCCAGC